AUGGCUGAGACUAAGGACCAAGGCGAACUCACAUUUCCCGCGAAGCGCAAACCCGAUCUCAGCUGCGGCGACCAGCCCGACUGCCCCAACAAAACCCAGAAGCUUGAAGUUCCCGAUCACCGUCCGUUGGCUGCCGAGCCACAAACUCAAAACCCAGAAAAUUUCCACAACAAUUCCUCCGCUGGCGAAGAGAAAAUCUAUAAGUUUGAAGCCAGUGCUGACCUCGAAGACGAAGACGAGGAAGAGUACGACGCAGAAAACGACUGUGAAAAGUCUAAUGGGAAGGCGGAGGUGAAUCCCAAGGGGAAGGGGAUUAUGAGAGAUGACAAGGGCAAAGGGAAACUGGUAGAAGAAGAUGACGACGACAGCGACGAUGAUUCGAGCGACGGCGGAAGCGAAUUUGAAGACGGAGACAGUGAUUUGUCGGAUGAUCCUCUUGCGGAGGUCGAUUUGGAUAACAUUCUUCCUUCGAGGACUCGAAGACGGCAGGUGCAGCCAGGGGUUUACAUUGCUAAUGACAUUGGAAACGAAGAAGAAGAUGACAGUGAUGACAGCGAUGAUUGA